AUGGUUACAAAACGAACAUGUGGUUUACCUUUGAUCUGUCUUGUUUGUGGUGAUGUUGCACGUGGAAUCAAUUAUGGCCUUAUGACAUGCAUGCCUUGUAAAAUAUUUUUUCGACGACAUAUACUCAAAUCAGAUAUUAAACUUCAAUGUCAAUAUAAUAAUCACUGUGAAAUAACACACGAAAAAAGAAAUCUUUGUUCAGCUUGUCGUUUGAAAAAAUGUUUUGCACUUGAUAUGAAUCCACAGUUAAUACGUCGUUGGUCUUACAAUCAACUUAAAUCAAAACAUGAACAACUUGUGAUAAAUAAGAAUAAAAAUAAUCGUCAAUUACCAAAGCCUUUACCACUUAGUCUUCUUAAUAAUGAUCGUUCAAAUCUUACAAUUGAUGAAUGGAAUCUUCUUUCAAAUAUUAUUCAUGCUUAUGAUGAAGUAAAUAUAAUUCCACAAAUGAAAUAUCAUCUUGAACAACAAUCAUCAUUACCACCAAAACUACGACUAAACCCAUCAAAAUCAAUCCUAAUUUUUAAGAUUUUUCUCUCAACAUUUCUACCAUUCAUUGAACACUCAUCAUAUUUUCAUGAUUUAUCAAUUCAUAUACGUCAAAUACUUAUUCAAAAUAAUUCUGAAAUAGCUGGUACAUUAAAUUCUAUUUUUGUUAUACGUGAAAUAAAAGCAUUAGAUAAUAUGGCAUUUAUAACAAGUUGUACUUCAAUUUAUGGAGAUGAAGUUAUCAAACAUUCUGUUCAAUUAGCUGCACGAUUAGAAACAAAUGGAAUACUUGUUAAAAUAAUGAUUUUAAUUUUAGCAUUUUCAACUAAUUGUUCAAUUAUUAAUUCUUAUUAUUCAGGAAGUACAAUGAAUUUAUCGAGUGCACUAUCUGUACUCAAUAUACAAAGUAUGCUUGUUACAAUGUUUUGGAAAUAUUUAAUUUAUCAUUAUGGAUUUAGUGGAGCUGUACGAUGUUUUAAUCAUUUAAUAAAAAGUGUUCUUGAUAUUCUUUAUAGUGCAAAUGAAAUGAGAAAUGCACAACAUGAAAAAAUGAUUGAUACACUUGUUGAAGAAACAAAACGUUCAUUGACGAAUUAG